GCAGGGUCAUUUGCCAUGGAGGAGACUGACCCAGGAGACUUCACUCUGAACAUAACUUACACAUCUCUGGACAUUGAGGAAGCUAUCAACAAUACUUGCUCGAUCAUGUCCUACAAACUGAUUGUCUUUGGGGGUGUGUGCCUGGGGAUUUCCCUCUGUGGGCUUGUGGGGAAUGGGAUGGUCGUGUGGUUCCUGGGCUUCCAUGUGAAGCAGAGCCCUUUCACUGUCUACAUCCUAAACCUGGCUGUGGCUGACUUCUCCCUCAUCCUCCUCUAUUUCCUGAUUUUAGUGGGUUUUUUUACCUUGGUAACAUUUUGUACUUAUUUGUUUGAAGUUAUUCCUCUCUAUAAACAUUUUGUAUUUGUCGUUGGGUUCCUGUGCCACGUGUUUGACCUGAGCAGCCUGGGGCUGCUGACAGCCCUCAGCGUGGAGCGCUGCGUGUCCGUCCUCUUCCCCCUCUGGUACCGCUGCCACCGCCCCAGGCACCUGUCGGGCAUCGUGAGCGGGGCGCUCUGGGCCCUGGCUGGGCUUUUUGUCUCCUCGCUCUAUGUCACCUACACCCUCAAAGAAAUUGGACUUUAUGGGCUCAUUCCUUCUUCAUUUUGA